AUGAUGUGCCAAUGUCUCAACUAUCAGUCGCAUGAAGGUUGCACGGUACAACAUCUUGAUAACAACAUCAUGAUGGCUAAUGUAGCGACCAACAGAAUCAACGGCGUCAGUGUCGGUCUACAGGUCUCAGAAGAAAUCCAUAGUUCCGGCAACAUCGUAUCUGAUAGGAAAUACCAACACUUAGCAGGAACUGCAGAAUUACCCAUUAGUAACAAAUCAGAGCAAAUCGUUUCUACAGACAUGUACUGCACUGCUUUCCAGCCAUCAGCAGACGAGAAGUCAACGACGCCGAGUAACGCUCAGCACAUUCCAAAUCAAGAGCGUGGUAUAAAUCUUAUAAACAGUUACACCUGUGAAACGAAUUCGAAAAGCUUAACACCUCGAGAGGUCUUUCAACAUAACACUCUUGUCGGCUGGAACGAAUGGAGUAUUCAUAAAAGAAACGUCUACGACAACGGGAAAGUAAAUGACAUUUUGUUCCGUUUCCUCGUUAGCACAAGCAAAACAAGAACGGAUCAACAGCAGGUGGAUACAAAUGAAGACGACAGUUAUCUAAAGAAGCCCUCCUGUGGAUACAGUCCUGAGUUUAACUUGGAAAGUUCGGCAGUAUGGAAUGCAAAUUUAAUGCAGGUUCUGUUAAAAGGAGAACUGGACUCUGCAACGGUCGAAUCAUUUGCACGGUUGUGUCGUGUUGGCAUUGUCGUCCAACAUACAGAUGCUAAAUAUUAUGAAGAUUUACAUUAUGACGUAGAACCUUUGUUAAAUGAUCUAAGUCGAGAAAGCUGUGACAGUGCACUCACGGUUAACACAAAAGACUAUAUGCAUUUACUUCAACGCUGGAUGAAAACAUACCGACGUCUCCACCUCAACUCCCGCCAUUCUGUAACUGACCUCAAUAAAUGUUAUUUCCCGUUGCCCGAAGACAUCCAGAAAAACCCGGAAUGUCUGCGAUCGUGGAUUACGGUUUGGGAACGCUUCGAUUUUAGCAUUCCAAUUAGUGGUGCCUGGGUUGUGAUUGAGGCGGACAAGGUUGACCUGGGAAACUCGUACGAGAUUUAUCUUUCCACUUUAAGAUCUCACGUCGAUUUAACGCCUUUUGACACAACAGUAGACGGCGAAGCUGCCUGGCAACUUAUACCAGAAGAUCUGAUUGCAAACGAUGUUAUGACAAACAAACAGAGACUAACAGAAAGUGAGAGAAUAAAACGUGCAAAUUUUCUCGAUUCAGGAAGGAUGGAGAGACGGCGCCUGCAAAUUAUGAAAUAUUUCAUCGACAAGUAUAAAUACUCUACUGACAAUGUUAGACAUUUUUUAAACUGGGCAGACACAAUGAAACAUGGCAAUGAACAAUUUAUGCAUAUAUGUAACUUCUCAUAA